ACGGGAACAUUGCUGUGAAGACAGAAGAUAACAAUAACAAGAGGAUCAAAUUGGAAAAGAAAUCAGAUGUAAAGACGGAGAAUGGCAAGCCGGGUUCGGUGGGUCUGGAGAACCAGAAGUCGUCCCCCCAGUCCAGCGCGCCCCAGCGACCCCCCUCAGGGGUCACGACCCCGGCCUCCAUGAUGUCGGCGGCCCCCGGAGGUCCAGGGGGCGUGGUCACCUCUCUAGAGCCGCCCUUCAUGCAGCAGCAGAGCGAGAUCUUCGUCUUCUCCACAAACUUAGCCAAUCAGGCGGCCCAGAGCGUCCGGCGCGGCCAGUGCAAGAGCAUCUUACAGUACCACUCGGAGCACCCGGACACCAAGGCCUUUCUACAGAAAAAUCCACUGAAGGCCAACAACUUUCGGGCAGGAAUGCCACAUGGAAUGUCGGGUCCCAUGAAAGGACAAGUCCCCAUGGGCAUGAUGCGGAUGCACGGACCCACGCCGGGAUCAUGGGGACCUCACCCGGGCCCCGGCAUGGAAGACCCCAGUAUGAUGGGACCGGGCGGGAUGCCGCCAAACGGACCGUACGCCCCCGGGGGUCCGGGACCCCGCAUGAUGGGCGGCUGGCCGGGACAGGGCUGUGGCGCACCGCACCCACACCACCACCACCCGGGCAUGGGGCCGGGGUUCGGACCUGGAAUGAUGGACAUGGAAGGAGAGCUGAUGAUGGGACCGGGGGGUCCCCAUAUGUCGACGAUUUCGUCCAGCCAGAUCCCGGAUGAGAACUUGACCCCCGAGCAGCGACAGCACCGGUCUAAGGGCCUGGCUCAGCUCACCAAGAUCCACCAGAUGCUCAUGGGCAGCGUUGGACAGCAGGACGGCCGCCAGCCGCCCAUGGACGGGCACCCGGGGGGAAUGUACCCGGGCGGGCCGCCAGGCAUGAUGACGUCGCAGCAACAAGCGAUGAUGUCACAGCAGCAGGCUAUGAUGUCACAAGGCGGGAUGAUGCCACCCCACGGCAUGAUGGGACCUCAGCACCCGCAGCACAUGAUGCAGCCUGGCAUGUCUCCGUAUGGGCCGCGUGGCCCGCCUGGCAUGCCACCUGGCAUGAACGGCAAAGACCAGUACCAAGCCCAGCGAGACUGGAUUCACGUGCAGCAGGAGUACUGGAUGGAGAAGCAGCAGCGCAUGCAGCACAUGGGUCGCGGGGGUCACAUGGAGCCCGGCCCUCCCCCGCCCUCCUACCUGUCCUCCAUCUCACAGAAGCACGGAGGUAUGGGCGGCCCCACUUCGCCAGGGAUGAACGGGAUGAGGAUGCCCAUGCCACACGGGCCUCCCAUGGGGCCAGGGAUGGACCCGGAGAGUAUGGCCAUGUACGGAGCGCCGCCGGAUAUGUGCCGGCCUCCGCAGAUGGGGAUGGACCCUAUGUCCGGGAUGCCGGGCUACGGCCCUCCACACGGCAUGCCACCUAACGGACCCAUGGAGCCAGGGUUCGAUCCAACGAUGGCAGGAGCUAUGCCUCCGGGGAUGGGGCCAGCGGGACCUCACGGGCCGGGCGGCCCUCGGCAUCCGGGUCCCAUGAGACCAGCGCACAUGAUGGGGCCCAACGGGAUGAUGGGAGGCCCCGGGAUGAAGGCGCCCACUCAGGUGACCCUGCACCGGGCGGGGAACCCCGAGCAGUUCAACCCGGAGACCAUGGGCGGGGUCGUGCCCCCGAUCACCGCCAGCUCGACCAGUGGCAGCAACAGCAAACCCCCGCCCAGCUACGCUCAGGCGCAGAAGAGGAAGCGGGACGACAGUGACGACGGCGGCUACGCCAAGGGCAACCUGCAGCAGACGCCGUCCCCGACGAAAAUCCACUACCACCUCAGUCAGUUCGAGGGCCAGGAAUUGACGAUCACCAAGCAGCUCAACUCGGCGUUUGUGGCGGGGAACGGUGGGGACGAGGGUGGGGGUGCCGGAGCAGUAACAGCCAAUAAUAACAACAACAAUAAUAACAAUAACAACAACAACAACAACAACGGUCCUAUGGCCUGCUCAAACACGCCGACGGGUGUAGGUGGUGCAGGCGGGCCGCACUUCAACAACCACGUUAACUCUCCACUCCACGCAGGCACGGGCCCGGCAAAAGGUCCCUUGUCCAACUCCAGCCAAGCGUCUGGUGGCGGUGGGGGCGGCCAUAUUGCCAACUCCCCUGUGGUCAGCGCCCCCGGCCCCUCCCCCCUCACCGGUCAGCAGCCCUCCACCCCACAUUCGGUCGGGGGUCCCCACUCCGCCGGGGGCCCCCACUCGUCCGGAGGACCCCACUCGGCGGGCCCCGUCCCCAACCCUGGUGCUAGCAUGAGGUUGUCUCACUUUGACCCGACGCCGCUCAGUAACGGCGUAAACAGCGCCCCGCACACCCCGAACCCCAGCAUGGCCACCAGUAAGACUUCCUCGUCCUCCAUGUCCAACAUCACCUCCGCAAGCCUGGCCAAUCUGGCGAAAGGUGUUGAGAACUUGUCCAAUCAAAUGCAGCAGAAUAUGAUGCAAGGCGGGCCCUUCCACAGCAUCCAAGUUCAAGGUCAGAUGAGCAGCAACAGCGGCGGGGGUGGAGGAGGAGGUGGUGGUGGUGCCACCGCGGCCAACAGCAGCAAUGGUGGAGGCAUGCCCGCAGCCCCAACUACCUCUUCCUCGCCCGUGUCCAACGCAGUGGGCCCUCUGAACUCGCACACGAACAACGCAGGUGGUGUGGGCGGCGGCUCAACGCAGGCGGGCCCGGUCCCUAGCGUGAACAAUACGUACAUCGCCACCAACAUGUCCAUCUCGCAGGUCAACGUGCCCAGCCACCCGGCCAUGAACAGCUACGUCAACAUGCAGAUGCAGAGCAUGAGCAGCGAGUCGUCGCACAUGGCUGCCGCCGCCGCGGCUGGGGGAGUGCCCCCGUGUCCCCCCGGCCAGCACCCGAUGCCUCACGGGGGAAUCCCCCCCGGCGCUAACGGAGGUAUGGGGGUCAUGGGACCCGGGGGCGGUCACCCGUCAGCGAUGAUGCCCGGGGCGGGAGGUCCGAGGAUGCCUCACCACCACAUGGCUCAGUCCCAGACAAUGAUGGGGCCCUCCAUGGGAGGUCCCAUCCCCCCGGGAGGAGGAGGAGGGCCUCCUUGCUCCAGCAUGGGCCCCGCCCCAGGACCCCCGCAAGCCUCCAUGGGCCCGGGUGUGAGCGCACCCACCGGUCCCAUCCCCCCACACAGACCUAGCUCUUCCUCCAGCAUGCCCGCCACCCCUCCCGCUGUGACCAAAGGGGGACAAUUCACCAGCCCGCCACUCUCGCACCCCCAGAUGACGGCCGGCGCAGCCGCGGGCUCCCAGCCUCCCCCCGGAGUGCCCUCCCCUUCCUUCCCCAUGACCUCCAGCUCCAACUCCAGUGUUCAAAUCCAGCAGAAGGGACACAACACCAUCCAGUACCUGCCGGCCAACCCCCCCACAUCGCAGCCGCCGGCCGCCACCGUCCCCGGGAAGCCGCGGCCGGACCUGGACUACAACAUGCCGCGCUUCCCCUCGCCCAUGAGCGGGAUGGACGGCAAGAACCCGUCCUCCAACCUCCAGUACUUCCCCAAUUCCUCACCCACCGGCGGGCCGCGAGCUCCCAUGACCAACGCGUUGUCGGCGGCCGUGGCCAUGGGACCUGAGUUCGUGAACCAAGCCACGAUCGCUAUGCACCACUCCUCCAUGAUGCGAAGCCCCAGCGUGGGAGACAUGCAAGCGAUGCAGAGUUCGGGCCCCGUCCUCCCGCCCCAGGUGGGCUCGAUGGGACCCAUGGACAACCAUGUCUCGAUGGGCGGGGGGCCCGGUCCCAUGCCACCCGGACCUGGUCCCAUGAUGGGCGGACCCCCGGACCCCAUGAUGAUGGGGGGACCCAUGCGGCCCGGACAUUCCCCCGGCUCUAUGCGCCCGCUGCCCCCUGGGAUGGGUCCGGGGAGUUUGGACUGCGUGUCACCGAUCCCCGGGAUGGGCGGCUACAUGAACAGCGGUCCGUCCAUUGAGCAAGCUCAGGCGCAGGCUCAGGCCCACGCGGCCAUGAUGAUGCAAGGGAACAGCCAGAUGCCUGUUUCGUCACCCCACGGCCCCAUGCCCCCAGGGUCAGCCCCAUCGGGUGGCCCCUCCCCGCACAUGGCCCCCGGCCCGCCACACGGCCCCAUGACCUCUAUGCACGGCCCCAGCAUGCCCCCUGGCAGUAUGCCGGGCUCUUCGCCGCAUGUGUCUGCGGGGAUGCCCGUUCACUCGCCACACGGGCCGCCCAUGCCUGGGGCCAUGACGGGACCCUCACCUCACGGACCAAUGCCGGGCCCCAUGCCAGUCCCUUCGCCCCAUGGACCCAUGUCAGGUCCGUCGCCACAUGGGCCUAUGUCCGGUCCUUCACCUCACGGACCCAUGUCCGGACCCUCACCACAUGGACCCAUGUCCGGACCCUCGCCACAUGGGCCUAUGUCUGGCCCAUCCCCUCACGGACCUAUGUCCGGACCAUCCCCUCAUGGCCCCAUGCCCGGUCCAAUGUCAGGUCCAUCUCCUCACGGUCCCAUGUCUGGACCCUCACCUCAUGGACCCAUGUCCGGACCCUCACCUCAUGGACCCAUGUCCGGACCCUCACCUCACGGACCCAUGUCCGGACCUUCACCUCAUGGACCUAUGUCUGGACCAUCACCACUAGGUGGUCCCAUGCCCGGUCCUUCCCCUCACGGUCCCAUGCCCGGACCUUCCCCUCACGGCCCUAUGGCGGGCCCAUCCCCCCACAGUUCAAUGGCCGGGCCAAUGCCCCCACACGGACACAUGGGCCCCAUGCACGGACCCUCAAUGGCCCGACACCCGGGUAUGCCAGGCAUGAGAAUGCCUGGACCGGGCAUGGCGGGAAUGCCCCCCGGGGCAUCGGGGCAGUAUAGCGGCAUGCAGUACCCCCCUUACCAGCAGGACUAUUACGCCAGCUCGGCCCGCGGCCCGCCUCGGCAGAUGUUGCCCGCCAUGAUGGGUGGUCCGCCCGGACAGCCGUAUGGCAUGAUGCCCAACAUGCCGGGGCCCAGCUGAGACUCGAUCACGUCUCCCCCCCCUCCCCCAGCCAGCCUGCCUGCUUCUCAUUAUCGCAACGACCACCACCACCACCUCGUUCUCUCCUACUUCACGACGCCACCUCCAUCUCCACAUCCUCCUCCUCCUCCUCCUCCACCACCACCACCAUAAACAUAUGUCAGACAGAUGUACAUAGCUCCUUCACCCACCACCCUGCCAGCCGCAUCACUCAUCUGCGUCCCGCUCGCCUCACCAGUGACAACUCCCAACGUCUCUGACACCACCCGCGUGAUGACCCGACGACCUUCACCAACUGCCAACCGUCAUCAAUGUACCCCCCCUACUGUUAUCUGACGAACAAAGAAUUCUCCGGUCCAUGACUGUGCACAGCACUGCAUUGCUCUCGCUUUUUUUCUCUCUAUCCAGCAACUACUGUGAGCUUGCAUCGUCAAGCCACUGGCUACUCACACUAGCCCGCCCUCCCUCUGAUCUGCUCACAGUAAUAUGUUGAUGUAUUAGAUCUUCGCGGAAAGUAUUGCUUUCGUUACAUAUUGCUUUCGUUACAUAUCCGUUAUUACAUACAGUUGAGUGUAUCUCACACCUGUGAAACUGAAUUUUGGAUUUACAGUUGGCUGCAAAGGGAAUUCGUAAAUUGUGUGUGUUAAGUACGCUGGAAUAUGGAACAAGCACUUACAUAAUUACAAAGUGGAACGGGUUGAAGUUACGUUAUGGUUGAAAGUGGAUUCGUUGAGGAGUACAUAAUAAUUGUGAUGGAGAGUGUGGAGCCCGAUUGGAGUACGGUUCAAAGUGGAAUAAGAUACGAGUUCAGUUCAAAGUGGAUUUAUACUGGAGUUAUGAUAUGAAGUUGAAUCUUUCAGGGGUAUAGUGCUCUGCAGAUGCUAGUAGGAGUACCGUACAGUUCGAAGGUGAAUUCAGUUGGAGUAUUGUUCGUACCGAAAUCGAAAAGGAGUAAAAAAGCAGAAUUCAAAGGGAGUACCUUACAAAAUGGAAUUCUUUAAGAAAUUCUGUGAAACAAAGAGGAAUAUAAGAGCUUGCCAGAGUGGAGGUAACAGGAGUAUUCUACUUGGUGAAGUCUACAGGAAGAAUUUAUUGUGCAGAGCGCUGUAGUUUCUCCAUGGUUGGCAGCUGUGAGCGAGAUGAUGAUUAUGAUUGGUGUCACGUUGUCGUUCUCCAACAGGUCCAACUGCCACACAGGGUACCGCCUCCUGGAUAUACCGGUAUCGUCGCCGACAUCGCUGGCCUUGUAAUCCGCAUCAUAGCCUCGGCAGAUGCUCCACCCACCAACCGUUGAUUGAUCUGCUGACACUUUGUGGAAGAAUAAAAUAAGUGGGUUCUAUGGCCGGGCAGUACUGGCAGUAUUUUGAGUUCCGGUAUUAACUUGGUACUGGACUUCGAAUAUCACCAGUACCGGUACCGGCAAUAUUGAGUUCUGGUACUUGACUAGUACUGGACUUCGAAUACCGCCAGUGCCGUUACCGGCAAUAUUAAUGAGUUCCAGUACUUUACCGAUGCUGGACUUUGAAUACUGCCAGUAGCGGUACCGGCAUUAUAUAGAGUUCUGGUACUUUACUAGUACUGGACAUCGAAUACCGCCAGUACUGGUACCGGCAAUAUUGAGUUCCAGUACUUUACCGAUUCUGGACUUUGAAUACCACCAGUACUGGUACCGCUACCAGCCCUGCGCAAGUGACUCGUUGUCUCGGGGCUCCCACCACCAGGGACAGACAGACGGACGUCCUAGUGGACUUUGUUGUAGUAUAAUCGUGCCAUGGGGUUGAUUUCUCUGGAGUUGUUCACACUCCUUGGUGUUAGUGUUGUUAACCCAAGGAGUGAAAAACAGAAGAAAAAAAGUAAGAAAAGACGUACGAAGGAUUACUUUUACCUCUGUAGCUGUUCUGCUUUCACUUGAUGGAGAUUUCGCCCAAGCUGUUCUCUUUUGCUGAUUAGUGGCUCAAUUUGUUCUCAGCUCAUAAUAAUAAUAGUUUGUUGGGGAUUUUUUUUUCUUCUUCCUUCUCUCUAUUUACUGUACACAACUGUAACCAUUGAAGAGCUUUUAUUAUGAUGAUGAUGAUAAUAAUAAUUAUGAAAUGUGUUCUUUGUGAUGCUGAAGAAGGGGUGAUGUUUUGUGCUUUUUUUCUCUCUCUCUACAUGCCCAUCAGCAAUAGAAGAUCUUUACUAUGGAUGUGUCUAUAAUUGUGCUUACUAAUUUUUACUUUGCUUUGUUUUUUGUAUAAUUUUUUUUUGGGAAAAGCUGACAAACUUCUUCCAAAGACAGCUGAUGUUGCUGAAACCACAGGGCAUGGGAAAUGCUAAUUGGGGGGUGGGGGUGGGGGGGGGGGGGGUCUGCUGACUGGCAGACAAUUCCGGAAGGAAUUUACGUACCCGUCUCUGUUGGUUAUACACCAAAAAGUGUCAAGAUCCUGUUGCCAUAAACUUUGUUUGGAUUUUGGUUGUUUUUGUACGUGUGUGUACCUCGUGCACUAUUACUGAGUACGUGCUUUUAUCUGUUUGAAAGCUUAUUAUUAUUACAGGGGUGUUUGCUUCUUGUGUGGUCGGGUGUGUGUCAAAAAUAUGUUGGGGUCCUUCGGUCCUUCAAUGAAUGAGACAGUAUAUUCAUGUGACAAUUUUUAUGAAAUUUAAGUUUGCAUUUCUUUUUUCUCGGAGUCCUUUACUUUUGUUUCCUAUUAAUUUGAUGUCGGUAAUGAUAGGUUCAAAAAUGUUAAUGUAGGAAGUACAUUCUGUAAUAUAAAUUUUUUUUCUCCAGUUGGAAGGGUCUGAUGAUUUAUUUACCUAAAUAGAUGAAGUAAUGAAUGCGUCAAUGGCAGUGAAAAAUAAUGUUACCUCGUUAGAAAUUUUGUCAUGAGCAUGACCAUGACAUUUCAAGCAGUAGAAAGACAUCUUUCAAAUUGACCCUUUACUUUUAAAAGAGAGAAAUCAUCCUGUUUGAGGUGUAACUUUAUGUUUACUUUGGGAUUUUCUUUAAAUUAAGAGCCAUUUCUUUUUAGUUUAAAAAAAAAGAAAUUUAUUAUAAAUAGAAAAAUCACUAUAAAAAUUUUCCACUGAAAUAGCAAAGGCACAUUAUAACAUUGUUUUAUGAUUGUUCCAAAUUCUGACCAAAAUAAAGCUAUCACAUGAUGUUCCUCCUAUA